UUUGAUUUUAGUACGCUGUUAGUUGGCAUAUAUAUGUGGGUCCACAGCUACUAGACUACAGUCACUCUUACCUAGGGUGAAUCUACAACCCUCCACUACAACACGUAAGUAUAAAUAAGAAAGAGGCGUCAGACAAGGAGACAAUCUAUCGAUGGUACUAUUUACAAUUGCGAUUGACCCGCUACUGCUGCAAAUAACAAAAGACACGGAGAUAGUACCAAUAAAGCUCAAAGCGACAGCGCAAGAAUUCAAAACACCAUCUUAUGCUGACGAUCUGACGCCCACAGUAAAUACGGAAUACUCUAUAUACAAAGCGAUCCAGACAAUCGAAGAUUUUAGAAAGAUAUCAGGUCUACAAAUAAACCCUCAAAAAACUCAAGGCAUACAAUUUGGAAAGAUGAAAAAAAUCCCCGAAAUUAUAUGGAAACAAUCCAUAAACAUACUUGGCCACCAGCAUGGAUGUAUUAACGCGAAAGACCAUUGGAUAAACGAAAUAAAAAUACUGCGGCAAACCACCUUGAAAUAUCAACCUCGACGCCUAACAAUGGAACAAAAAAGAAUGAUAGUAAACAGUAAAAUGCUGCCAAUAUUCUUGUACAAAAGCACUCCCCGACAUAUGACAAAAACGGUAAAGUCGGAAAUAAAGAAGGAAAUAAUGAAAUUCUGCUUCGAAGGCAAAGAAAAUAUUGACUACGAACUCCUAGUGCGACAAAAGAACAAUGGUGGCUAUAAUGUAAUAGAUAUUCCAACAUUCGUUGAUAUCAUGUACAUAGCACCAGAACUGAAAUACUGCAGAAAUCCAGAAGACCAUCAAUGUCACCCGAUCAACAAAACGAUAAAUUACCAAUUGGGAUACCAACUGAAAAAAUUCGCCGAUUUAAAGCUAACAUUAAAUCGACCACAUACAUGGAAUCCGGAACAACAAUGGGCAAUAGUAGUGCAAAUUAUAAAGGAAAACAAUAUGACAAAACAAGAAAUACAGACCUGCUCAAAUAAGAAAAUAUAUCAAAGAAUAGUUGACAACAGAAACAAAUGGAAAACAACAUAUUUCGCCAAUCACAAUUGGAUUAAUAUACACAGCAAUAUAUUAGAUGAAAACGACAAAACCCUAAAUUGGAAGAUUGCCCACAAGAUCUUACCAUCCAACAAUAAACCAAGGAUAUACUUCACCAGCAAAUCAAAGAGAUGUACAUUUUGUAAAACUGAGAUUGAAACAUAAAUGCACCUAUUCACGAAAUGCAAAAUCACGUGUAAAGUAUCGUCUGAAGCCCUUAAUAUCGGGGCAAGAGAAUUUAGUCAAGGCCGGGUAAAGCCGACAGAGGCAGUGAUGAUACACUUAAAAUUUCACGAUAAGAUAGAGACAAACAUUUCGGCCAAAACAACUUUAAUCUACCUCACAACAGCUAUUAAAAGGAGCAUCUGGACUGAAAGAAAUAAAAUAAUCCAAACGAAACAACCGCCGUCAAUUAAAACAAUAUUAGCAAAAAUAACUGCUGGAAUAAACUACAAAAUCAAACUGAUGAAUUAUGCAAAAAGAUCUGAGCACAACAAAGAGCUCUUAACUCUAGAACAAAUAGCCAACAAUAUGGUUGAAAAAUAUCAAAAUGAUGUGGGAAUAACUCGAAAUCCCUGUAGUUUUAGCCAAUUAAAAACAUGUAGCAUAUAGGAACAUGUUGUUGAACGUUGUUGAUGUAGUUUAAUAUUGUAGAUAUACACGGAGCACAAACGAUGAAGACAUGACGACACGACAACGAUCCAGACGACUUGACUCCUAAUAUAAGACCUUUUAAUACCUCUCCUAAAUAUCUAAUUGAAACCUUAUUUAUACGUAUGCGCGUAUGGUGAUAUCGAUUCCAUUAGGGUUAUCGAUUCGGGUUGGAAUACUAAUUAGCAUCUGGUGUCAUCGAUCCAAUUAUAUUUUUGGUUGGCAUCUGUUGUAUAAUUACAACGGGCCCUUUAUCGAUCAAAUUUAUGAAUUUGGAAAAUUUCGGAAUAAGCAAUUUUUUUAGUCUUUUUAUAAAUUUUACUUGAAAUAACGAAUUUAUCCCUAAAUAUAUCUACACCCUUUAGAUUGGAAAUCGGGGUUUUGGGCGUAUUUGUCACCUAACAUACGUAAAUUUCAAAAACACAUUGAAUAUGACAAAAACACACAAUCGAAAAAUAUACAUAAUGAAAUUCAAAAAAUAUGGGACGAAAAGAUUUAAUAAUGAGAGGGAAGUAGGAUGACAGUAAGAGUAUAGAUUAGAAAAGAAAAGGCAAUUUAUUGUUUUUUAAAUUUGAUUUCGACAGAUAAAACUGAUAUUUCAAUUCAAUAUACUUCGUCACACUGAAUUACUGAUAGCUCAUGUGUUUGAAUAAAUAGCGCUUUGUAAGUUCGCUUGUUGCGAUAUGUUGAUAGUGCCAGCUUCGGGCUUUGAAAAAAAA